AUGAUUGCAUCAAUAUUCACUUUAUUUUGUUACAUUUUACAGAAAAUGGAAAACUAUAAAAAAGGGAAGAACGUGGAAGAAGAACUAACAAAAGAUCGAAUUCCAAUCGAUAUUCUGCCAGAAAGUUUCUUAUGGAUGCAUGUUAAGGGCGGAACAAAAGUAGCAAAUGUUGUUGAAUAUGCGGAAAAAGCUUUCAAUUCAGGCGAAUAUAGAUCAGUUGUUUGGAGUGGCAGUGGUGGUGGCGUGCCUAAAACAAUAUCGUGUGCUGAAAUUAUGAAGAGAAAUUAUGAUGUACAUCAAGUCACGCAAUUAGCGUAUCAAAAAAGCGAUGAAUAUUGGGAUCCAAUAUUGAAAGGUCUUGAUCCCAUCAUUGUUACCCGUCAAGUGCCUGCCAUUCACAUUCUUCUUUCUCUUGAUGACAUCGAUGUCAAAACUCCCAGUUAUCAGAAGUCAAAGACACCAUCAAAAUUUUGGCCGGAACCACAAGCGAAACAUCAGAAGAAGGACGAAGACUACAUUUAUAAGAAUAAACAGAAUGGUAACAAAAGAAACAACAAUCACAACAAACAGAAAAAUUGCAAUGACCAAAAGAAAAGUUCUUCGACGAAUGCAAGAAAUUCAGGAAAUAAGAAUAAAGGGCAACAUGAAGCAGCGCCACAACCAGGUCCAUCUUCGUCCAAAUCCAAUGACAUUCAAAGCUGAUGAUAUGAAAAUAAAACAAAUCAAAUUCUUUCAUAAAUAAAGAAUUUAAUUUAUUGUUGAGUUGAAAUUUUUAAUUGUUUUCAUUUCGUCCCAAACUUUUUUUGGAAUAAAAUAUUU